AUGAUCUCGGACGUGCAAAAAGGCUGGGAGGCCUGCGACAGAAUUGACACCGUCUUCGUCCUGGUCUGCACCGUUUUCUGCUGGCCCAUCAUACCUGCUGUCGGACUGGGCUACAGCGGAUACUCGACCAGACGGAGUGGACUUGCUUCCUUCAUUCCUGCUGUUCUGACGGUGUGUGUCUGCUCGAUCCAAUGGUUCAUCGUCGGAUAUACCCUCGCUUACGGUGAGGGUCCGGGCGGCGUUGUUGGCAACCUCAGCUAUGCUUUCCAUCGGGGCGUGCUUGCAGAGCCGGUUGGAAGCAUUCCUGCGGUGCUCUUCAGCGAGUUUCAGCUGGUCUUCGAGGCCACUGUCUGUGCUAUAGCAGUCGGAGGAGCUUGUGAACGUGGCCGCAUCCUGCCGUUGAUCCCAUUCAUCUUCCUCUGGUCCACGUUCAUCUAUUGCCCCCUGGCCCACAUGGUUUGGGGCGGUGGGUUUCUGAGUGCGCUCGGCGUGCUUGACUUUGCUGGCGGUACUCCUGUCCACAUUUGUAGCGGAGCGACCGCUUCUGCUCUCAGCUUAUAUCUGUCGUAUCCCAUUGCACGGUCUCGGAAGUCCGAUGUUAGAACGCCUUCCCAUCUCAAACUGCACCGCCCACACAACUCGAUGUGCCAGGUUCUCGCACUGAUCAUCAUCUGGGGAUCGUGGCUGGCUUUCGACGCAGGCACCGCGCUCACUCUCAGCUUUCAGUCGGUCAUGGCACUGUGCGUCACCAAUCUCUGCGCGUCGGCGGGUGCACUGACCUGGGCAUCGAUCACCUAUUUCGAAACAGGCAGAUGGUCUUUGGACAGUACAUUCAUGGGAGCAAUUGCUGGUUUGGUGAUGAUCACUCCCGCAGCAGGCUUCAUCGACCUUCCCACUUCCCUCUUCUUUGGAGUUCUCGGAGCCCUCGUUUGUCGCCAAGCGCUGCGAAUCAAGUUCACAGAUUUUGCUCGAAGGUGGAGGUGGGUCGACAACGGAGAUACGUUCGCCACGCACUGCGUCGGCGGAUUUCUGGGGACCAUCUGCACCGGUCUUUUCGCUCAAAAGGCCGUGGCGGCGUAUGGUGGGGUUGAAGUGGAUGGAGGAGUAUUCUUCGAUGGCAACAUCCGUCAGCUUGGUGUCCAGAUCGUGGAAGCAUUAAUUGGGUUCACCUGGUCUUUCGCCGGUUCAUUUGUGAUCAUUGCUCUGAUUGAUUGCAUUCCAGGCCUCGAGGUCCUCGCGGAAGAUAAGGAAGUCACAAUGGGCAUGGACGCCUCUCAAAUGGAUGAGAGUCUAUAUGAAGCUCAGUGGGCCGGAGAGGAGGAUUACAAGCCGCUUGCAAACGGUAACAUUGUCCUGGAUUAG